ACCCCCAGGGGCCCCCCGCAGCGUCGCGGAGCUGGACACGGGCGCGAGUAUGGAGGGCUUAGACCGAUUUUGCCCGAGCUCCCUCCUGGACCUGGGCUCGGGGGCCACCACCCCGGGCUCGGGGAGCGAAGCCGGGACACCCUCGCCACAUGCGCGCUGCGCGCCCACCUCGCGGCCUCGAAGGCGCAGGUGCCCGGACUCGCCCCGAGAGAGCCGCAGCCUGACCGACGUGGCCACUGGGCCCCCGGACGGCGCCAGGAGGCCCCGGCCCCACGGACGGCGCCUGGAGGACGCCUGGGGCGAGCCAGGGGCCGGCGCGCAAGGCCCGGCCUGGCGACGGCAGCCCCCAGGGCCCUGGCACUGCCCUCCAGCCCGGGGAGGCUCGCCCCCACCUUGCCCCGAGGGAGCGUCCAGCCCCCCGGGCGGGACCUUCGGGGCGCAGAGGGCGCAGAGCGGAGACCAGUGGGCAGUGCCGCCGUGCGGAGGAACGGGUCACCGGUCCCUGUCCUCGGCUCUGUCCCAGAGGUCUUCGGGGCGGUCCCAGGAGUGCGCGGCGCCGGCGGCUUGCGCGUGCGCCCACCUGCGGGAAGGCAGCGACCCCGGGGAGUCCGCGGCCCGCCAGCCGUCCCAGCCGUCAGCGUCGCGCGAGGAGCGGCCGAGCCCGCGCGCCCAGCUCCUCAGGACCGAGCUGGAGGCGGCGCUCACGACCUCCAGGGGCCAGAAGAUCGUGGCCCUGGUCCUGACCCGGCUCCGGAAGGCCCAGAGGAUGCGGGAGCUGCAGCAGCAGGCGGCCGCCGCCUGGGAGGAGCUGAGGCUCUCGGACCAGAAGGUGCAGCGGACCCUGGAGCGGGAGCGCGAGCGGCUUCUGCACGAGAGCCGCGAGCAGUGGCGGCAGCAGGAGCGGCGCGUCCGACGGCGCCACGGCCCCGCGAGGCCGGACGACGACCCGGAGCGCGCCCCGAAGCUCGCGCCGGCGACCCCCCGGCAGAGCCGUGAGCUGCGCGCGCCGGGGCCCGAGAGGCCCGAGCGGGCGGGUCCCCGGCAGGGCCUGCACCCCACGGACACCCAGGAGCCGGCCCGGGAGACCAACCUCAGCUCCCUGGUCAACUACCAGGCCCGGAAGGUGCUCCUGGACUGCCAGGCCAAGGCCGAAGAGCUGCUGAGGAAGCUGUCCCAGGAGCAGGGCGCCCAGCGGUGCCCGGGGGCGCAGCCGGGCCUGGGGAGGGAGCUGGGGCCCGGGGCGCAGCGGCCCCGGGAGCCUCUGCAGCAGGUGCGGCGGCGGCGGCGCGCGGAGGAGGCCGGGGAGCAGGUGCCGGCGCACGAGGGGCUGCUGACCGAGCUGGCCGAGCGCAGGGCGCGGCGGGCCGGGGGCGGCGGGGACGAGCUCGGCGUCCUGCGGGGGGAGAACCAGCACAUUCUGAAGCUGAAAGCCGAGAAGGAGGGCAAGUGCCACAUCGAGGGCAUCAAGGAGGCCAUCCGGAGGAAGCAGCAGAGGAGGGAGCACAUCUCCCGGGAGCAGGACGCCACGUUGGAGGAGUUCGAGAAGCUCUCCAGGGCCCCCCGGGGGGACCAGGCGCGCGCGCUGGCCGGCAGCCUCCUGGACCGGCGGGCGCGGGAGGAGGCGGGGCCGCAGGGCUGCUGA